GUCUGAUCUAUGUGUUGUGCUUCUGUGCGGUGAACUCUCUCAGUCAAACUAGCUUCAAAGAGCGGGCAGAGGUAACGUAAACGUCUGCUUAUUUUAUCUAUGUUAUAAUUACACAUUUACACGUAUGGAAGAAGGCAUGUAAGAUUUAAAAAAAAUGUCUAAUGCGCAUAAGUACUUAACAAUGAGUAAAACAAUUAUGCUGUGAAAUAGCAUAGAAAGUAUUCUUUCCUAUUUGAAUGGCAGCCAGUGUUGUUAGCGCUAACCAGCAGCAAGCUCGCAAGCGUUAGCUCACACGGAACUUGUCAUUUUCUUAUCUUGUAAACCAUUCUCAUGGACACAAAACCGUGCAUUUAACAUCUUUGUAAGAUUAUUUCUGUUCACUUGAUGAAACAGUAUGAGAAAAUAACCAGAUUUUAGCUGGUCGGAUGAUCGUAUGAUAGCACCGAGCUAGUUAGCUUAGCAUCAGUUAGCGGCCUUGCAGACAGUAACGGACGGUCAAGCUAGAUUUAGCUGAAACUUGGGGGAUUGGUUAGCGGGGCAGUUUGACAACCCAGCGACUGUGCGCUUUAUGGGUCACCAAACACACAUUAUCACAGCGACUCCUCAUAACGAUUAGUCUAUAGGGGAAUUGAUGUUAUUGCUCUGACUUAUUUAACACUUUUUUUCACUCUUACUACAACAACCAACCACAACACUGGGGCAGUGUAACGUAAUGUGAUACAACAGCUCUACCAAAAGUUUGUCUUUCAGGAGGCUUAAAAGUUAAUUUUUAUGACAUAGUAAUUCAGGCGAUUAAAAAUACUUUCCAAUACUUCCAAUACUUUCCAAUAAAAUUAUACUGGUGCCUGGUGGUAUAUCGGCGUGUGUCGUAUUGAAAAGUGUUCCUUAUGUUUUGUCCCCUCCAUCUACAAAAACAAUGAAAUGUUCUUCAGCUCUCCACCAAAAACAAUUACAACUGAACCAUUCAAUUUGAAGUACAUCUGUCUCAUGUUAAAAAAAUAAAUAAAUAAAAAAAGCAUUAAUUUAGAGCAGUGGUUCUCAACUGGUGUCACUCUGGGACCCACAUUUUCCCAUGGUCCUUAAGUUGCAACCCACUUUUAUAAAAUUCAAAACAAGCAAAUUUAUUUUUUAGGAAAAAAAAAACUUUGAAGGACUUAAAUCUUGGACAUAGAUUCACCGUUUUUGUUGAGUACAGUUCAUUUCACUCUUACUACAACUACUUAAGUCGCAUACACAGAAAAUAUCAAAUUGCACACAAGGGAGACCAGCAAAAUGAAAAAUUUGACUGAAUUGGAUCUCUGCAUUCAGAGCAUAUUCAGAAGAACCUGAGGAGGACCAUGCAACAGCAUGGACAAAAGUGGAUAAAUAUCAAAUUGCACAAAAUACCAUAAAAGACCAUAAAAAAUGUGUAAUUUUGCCACAUUCAGGCCACAUUAAUAAGAAACGAGGAGCACCACGACAUAAUGUGGGCCUUUCAAAAUAAGCUAUUUUAAAAAAAAAAGACAUGUCAAACAUCAGAUGCGCAUUAAAUAUCUACUUUUUAGACCAACUGUUUGCGGCCCUUCCAGAACGUGUCCAUGACCCACUUUUGGGUCGGGACCUAUCAGUUGAGACCCACUGAUUUAGAGGUUUCCUGUAAGUAGAGCUGCUGUGAUUGAUUGCAUUAACUUGCCCAGGAGUUCAAACUGUUAUGGCUGGUUGGUGUAUAAUGUAGUGGAUAAAAUAGUUUUACUUCCCAGCAGCAAUACUGAAUAUAUUUAUCUACAUUUAUUUUCAUUCUUUUAACCUUGUUUUGAAAUUGUUCACAGAGAAGUUUGAGAGCUUGCAGAGACUGUUCAGUGUGCCAGAAUGGACUCUGAGAUUUUGAACAUAGAGGACAUAGUGAUGGGACGAGGACUGCCAGAUCCACCUCCAGAAGUCCCCCCCGAAAAGCCAGCAGGACCAUACAAACCCAUCACGCUGAAUGGACCUCCUGCUUCAUCUGUUCAACCUUGUGAGUUUGAAAUAGCCAAGAGUUGGUUCUUGUAUUGUCUGGGUUUCUUAUGAGAUAUAAAAAAUGGUCCUCAAAUUCUGAGGCCUUGAUUUGUGCUUUUUGUUUUUAUUUCUUGUGCUGAAACUCUUGUGCUCUAUCACUUUCUGUCAAAGCAGAUUGUGUACAUCUGUUUUGAAAAGUGCUUUAUAAAUGAAGUUAUUAUUAAGAGCAGCCGAAUAUUGAGAUCGUCUUUGCACAGUCUCUAAAAUGUUUUGAUGUCUCCCCAGACCAGCAUGAGAAUCUGCAAUGUUUCCAGUGCUUCAUCACAUUCUGCAGUGCCAAAGCCAAGGAGAGGCAUAUGAAGAAAAGCCACAGAGAAGAGUACAAGCAACAGCUUCAACAGGUAAGCCUUUCAGUAUCAGCUAUUCAGGUCAGUAGAUAUUUUUUGUGUGUAUGUUUGUUUGCAGAUUUGUACUUUAAUGCUUGGAAUAAAAACUCCUGUAAUUAGUGUAGAAAUACCUCAGAUGGUGGUAAUUCUGGGUUUUAUGAAGAACAAAAUAGAUUUAUCAUAAUUGUUGCUAACCGUUUUGCACAUGGCGGACAUAUUUUUCUAAGCAUAAUAAAAGUAAAUAUCAAGGAGUUUGAUCGAGUUAUUCUCUGUGAAUUAUUUAAUUUAGAUAACAUUUUUCAUGAUUUUGCACCGUAAAUUAAAAUAGAUGUAAGGAUUCACUUCAAAGUUGUAAUACCAGUAUGUCCCAGCACAAAAACCUCCUUCAAUCUUGAGCUGGUUACACAUCGCCCCCUUUUGUCUAUGCUUUUUUACAGGGGAACACCUUGUUUACCUGCUACGUCUGUGAUCGGACAUUUCUGUCAUCUGAGGAAUUGACACAGCACCAGCCAACACACAGCAAAGAUGACAAGCCCUUCAAAUGUGUUCACUGCAAGGAGAGCUUUAAAACGUUCUCUGAAGUGAGUGAAAUGUUUGUUUUUAUCAAGAAGAGUUGUUGCCACAAAAACAGACAUGAAUAUUGAGUACAUCAUAGCUUAUGCCACAUGUCGCUGUUUUUUUCCCCUACUUGUCACCUUUGCAGCUCACAGCCCAUAGAAGACAGGUGUGUCCAGAGAGACAGAUGGUAUGUAAAGAUUGCAACGAAAUCUUCCGAAGUGCAGGACUACUGCGUACUCAUCGCCUGACCCAGCAUCCACGUCCAGAUGUUGAGCCUGCAGAACAGCCAGAGGACCCCACGAAAACCCACCACUGCAAGAAGUGUGGCCAGGGCUUUGAAACGGAAUCAGAGUUGAUCGCACAUCAGGAAAAGUACCCUGAAGGUCAGCAUUGCAACGGCAGUGCUGCACCUGUCAAGAAACGCGGGCGAUCCUCCAAAACUGAAGACCCUGCAGGCACUGAGAAGAAGGGAAAAAGGAAAAAAAAGGAUGAAGCAGAGGCACCAGAGGAGGAAGUAAAGGCCAGCAACACAUCAGAAUCAGCAGCCUCUCCCACAGAGGAAAAGGGAAAAGCGGGUGCAGUAAAACGUGGCCGUCCUGCUAAAACUGCACCCAAAUCAGAAAAGGAAGAAAAGAAGACUCCUGAGGAUGACAGUCAGUCUUCCACAAAGGAGAAGAAACCUAAAGUGGAUCCUGCUCCACCUCGUCAGCACCCCUGUCCUGAGUGUGACCUCACAUUCCCCACUCUGAUCCAGCUCCGAGCUCACAAAAAGGAGAAACACACCCCAAGGAAAGCCCACCCUUGUGAAGAAUGUGAGGAGAGUUUUGCCCGUCCUGAGCAAUUGGAUGCCCACAUGUCACGAGCCCAUGUUGUGGGUCGCUUUUCCUGUGCAACCUGUGGGAAGAGCUUUGGCCGUGAGCGCACCUUGAAAGCUCACGAGAAAAGCCACCCAGCUGAAAAGCCUGAAAACCCAAGUGCCAAAAGAUAAUUGAGACUUGGGGACCUCACAGAAAGUGUAUGGUUUCUGCAGAUUUUAGUCCUGAAUUGUCCUUUUUCUUUUAACACUGGAGAUGUGGCGCUCCAGUUGAUGCUUUCAGAUAAGUUUGUAAUGGUUUUGACGAUAAUGUUUUAGCAAAGUUGGAAAUUACAGUUGAAUUUCAAUCGCGAGCUGGUGAAUUAAUGGACGGACAGACACAUCUCCUGUAUUGACUAACCAAAUGUAGUUAAAUCUAUUACGCCCUUUGUCAUAAAGGUCUUUUUUUGUGUGUGUAAAAAGGAAAAAAAAUCAUUUUGAUUAACUUUUUAAAUUUCAGUUUUUAAAGUGUGAAAUGCGUGUGGUUUGAAUUUAUUACUGGCGUUUUGAGUUCCAAAACUCAUUUUGAGGUUAAAAAAAUGUUUUUAUGUUUUUUUAUGAUUUAUUUUCGCAAAACAGAUUGGAUAAUAACACAUUUGAAGCUUAUUAGCUACUUAGUAGAUAUGUGUGAAUGUUUAGACAGUUUGUCAAAAGAAAAUUGUCAUGUACAGCCUCUGGUUCCUAUUUUUGCAUUUUUACACUUAAUACUGUAAUUAUGUUUCUUUCUAAAUUAAAUCAGAGUGAGGAAGAAUUUCCAAAUAACAUGAUUAUGUCUCUUUUAAAUUUUAUUUUAGCCAACUGCUUCAGCAAAAUGUGGAGUGUUUGGCUUUUAUGCAGAAAUGACCCAUGAUUAUUCUGAUUUGUCUACAGUAGAAUCCUCCUUUAUUUUUUCACUUAUCAAAACAAUAUUUUAAUGUCUUAGACAUUUGUUAAUGGAACUCAUGGCUCUUUAAUGCCUAAAAGUCCCAUAGGGAACUGUAUAUAUCAUGUUAUUCACAGAUCUGAUUGUCUUUUUCCCCACUGCAAUGUGUCUGGACACUGCAAAAAUGUAAUAAAACAUGCUUUCCAAAGGGAGGCUGCUGAGGAAACAACCUAA